GAGUCGUCAGCAGUUUUGUCAUCCCAGAACGACGCUACGCUUUCUCCAUAUUGAAUUUAUACAAAAAAGUUACGUUUGUUGGAAAAUUGCUUUAUUUACUUACCUAAAAUUUGCUCUAAUUUGUGUAUUCGUGUUCACACUACAUACAGAAAAUGAAGAAAGACGAUGAUGCAAGAAACGAACCGGAACACGUCCGCAAGCUGUUCAUUGGAGGAUUAGAUUAUCGGACAACGGAUGAUUCUUUAAAGAAACAUUUCGAACACUGGGGUGAGAUCGUGGAUGUUGUCGUUAUGAAGGAUCCAAAAACAAAGAGGUCACGCGGGUUUGGUUUUAUUACAUAUUCACGAGCGCAAAUGGUAGAUGAUGCUCAAAAUGCUAGACCGCAUAGAGUUGACGGAAGAGUAGUCGAACCUAAACGAGCUGUUCCCAGACAAGAUAUUGGCCGUCCCGAAGCCGGUGCAACAGUGAAGAAGUUAUUUGUCGGAGGAUUAAAGGAAGAUGUUGAAGAAGACGACUUAAGAGAACAUUUUAAAAAUUUUGGCACAAUAUUAUCAUGUACUAUUGUCACCGAUAAAGAAUCUGGGAAGAAGAGGGGCUUUGGUUUUAUAGAGUUUGAUGAUUAUGAUCCUGUUGACAAAAUUUGUCUACAGAGAAGCCACCAACUAAAUGGAAAACACAUUGAUGUAAAAAAGGCUUUAAGCAAAGCUGAAAUGGAACGUGCGCAAGGCGGGGGAGGGCCAAAUGCAGGUGGUCCUAUUGGUAGUGCCGGUCCACGGGGUGGUCCCAGAGGAGGUGGCUCAGGUGGAGGAAAUCGUGGUAAUUUUAAUAACGGUCCCCAAGGUACUACAUGGGGUGGACCGAACAGAGGAAGUGGUGGAGGUGGUGAUUGGAAUAAUAUGCCGCCAAAUCAAGGUUAUAACACAGGCGGUUGGUCUGGAGGUGGAAAUCCUUGGGACAACCAGGGAGGUGGAAACUGGGGAAAUAACCAAGGUGGCCCAGCAGGUUACGGAGGUGGGGGCGGCGGUGGUAAUUGGGGACCGACCAAUGAUAGCUUUGGUGGAGGAUAUCAGCAAAACUUUGGAGGCGGUGCGAUGAGAAGUAACUAUCAAACAAAUCGUCCAGCCCCCUAUGGAGGCGGUGGCAAUCCUGGCGGUAAUUAUGGAGGCGGUGGUGGUUAUGGAAACCAAAACGGAAUGGGUCCCGGCAACAGACGAUUUUAAAUGUAAGUUCAACAGGAAACCUGUGGCCCUUUUAGGAUCAGAUGUACUAUAUUCAUAUCGCAGUCCAUAAACAUUAUUGUUCCAAAUAAUUUAAUUAUUCGUAACACGGUUAGCCCUGUGGUUUGACGUGCAUACACAAUAGGUGUAGGUCAAGUCAUUAGGAGGAAAGCCUAUUUAAGGGUGCAGUGUGUAUUGUAGUUAAUAUAUGUCCUUUCAUUUUUCACAUAAAUGAUUCUCUGAAUAGAUCUAGGUUUAUGUGUUAGUCUUAGCUACUACAUAUUGUGUAUUGCAAUAAAAUUGUUAAGUCAGGAAUAGUGUUUUUGGUGUAUUAUUGGACAGGUGACUGCAGGCAGAAUUUUUUUUAGUUAUUGAAAUUUAGCCAGAUUUUAUCGCAGUUUUAAUUCUAGGUAGGUAAUUAUUAUUUAGGAUUAAAUGCAUUUUUACUGAUUCUUUUUUCAUUACGUGUUCAGUGCACAUUUUUUAAUCAGUGAGUGUUUUUUAUGUAUAGAGCAGUUGAAUAAAAUAGAGCCAGUUUUAUAUUUAAUGUAAGAGGUGUUUUUCUGAGUGUAGUCAUUUCAAAGAAUUGCAGGAUCAACCAAUGAAAACAGGUUUAAAAUAGGUAUGUAUAGACUUCAGUAUUGUUUUAGGUUAUGUCUACCAUUUAGCUCAGGUUUCUUUAUCUUCAGGAAAUAUAAUUAUUAAAUUUUUAAGACAGAGUACACUUAAAUUAGUCUAGCAAGGUUUCUCAUGAGGUGUUUUAGAAAUUUUUUUAGGUAGUGACAGAUUCUUAACAAAGCUAACCUGGGUUAGGUAGAAUUUCAUUCUUUUUAGUUUUUUUCAUUUACCUAAACUUUGCUUUAUAACUUUUAAUAAAUGAUCACCUUCACACCAGCUUUGAUUUUAAAAUUCCUUUUACAAUACCUACUUUUUUAGACAGAAAUGUGAAAAUUAAACCUUUUGCCAAUUUUGAUACCUUCGCAAAUCUACUGUAUUGACUUUUCCAAGAGCUUGUACUGCGAUCCUUAUACAAAAAUUUAAGGAAGCAAAGUUGAUAUGAAUAACAAACAAAUUAAUUACGUUUGUUUUUAGCCUGGUUUUGGUAAAAGCAAGCACUGCUUUGGAUUAUCUGGGUACUUCCAAAAGAUGGUGUGAAUCUUUUAUUAAAGUUAUACAGUAAAUUUCAUCAAUCACAUUUCCUGUUCAAUCAGUUGCACUGAUUACCAUUUAUGAGGAGUUGUUUGUUGCAAAGAAAUAUACCUGACAUAUUUUUCCACUUUUUAAUUUAUAACAUGUUACAAGUAAAUUGCUAAUACUUU